CAGGAUCCGUAAAUCGAGCCUGGAUGAAACACUAUCAUGCUUCUCGAUCUUGUCCAUUUCGCAGGCGCUUAAGGCUUCUUUUCUCCUCAACUCGACAGAAACCCUGUACUUUCUUUUCGGUAUGCAAAUCCGUGGUUGUGAGAUCCAAUGAUCGCUCCACCAAAAAGCCGCAAUGACUUCCUAAUUGGCAUCAUCUGUGCCCUUCCUCUUGAGUAUGAGGCAGUUGGCCAUGUUGUCGACGAGUUUUGGAAAAUCAAGCUUGGGAGAGCGGUCGGCGACACAAACUCAUACUCAUUCGGCCGCGUCGGAGAUGACAAUGUUGUUCUUGUCAUGUCAGGCAUGGGUAAGGCCAAUGCUGCGAGUACGGCAGCGAGCCUUCACAUCAGCUUUCCGAACCUCGAACUUGUUCUGGUAACUGGGAUCUGCGGUGGUUCCCCGACGUCUGAUUCGAGUGCGGAACUUUUGCUGGGCGAUGUUGUAAUCAGCAAGGCUGUCGUUGAGUACGACCUUUUCCCAGGCAAACUUAGGAGCAAAAGCACCAUCGAUGAUCGGUUAGCAAGACCGACGAGACAUGUACGCAGUUUCGUUGCUCGUUUCGAGACAGACAGACUCCGCGACGCGCUUGAAGACAGGUCAGCUCUCAUCUUGGAAGAGCUUCAAUCACGAGCCGGGGUGGAGGGCCAGGAUUCGAUCUAUCAAUAUCCUGGGGCAGACAAGGACUGUCUAUUUAUUCCCUCAUAUCGGCACAGGCACCAAUCGGACUGUGAUAUUUGCACAUCUGACUCUAAAGAGGUGUGCGACGCAAGUCGCAAGAUUUCGUGCCCCGAGCUUGGAUGUGAUGAGGAACAGCUUCUUGCCCGAAAGCGUCUCGACCAGAAUCGUAAACUCCAAAAGGAUGGUCGCGAGAAAGAGGCUCAAGCCCCAUUCGUGUUUGUUGGCCAUUUCGGUUCGGGAGACACUGUCCUCAAAUCAGGCGAAGAACGCGAUAGGCUUGCACGAGCUCAUGAUAUCAUCGCAUUUGAGAUGGAGGGUGCUGGCGUCUGGGAAGAGAUACCGUGUAUUAUCGUUAAGGGCGUAUGUGACUACGCUGAUAGCCAUAAGAACAAGGGAUGGCAGAACUUUGCGGCUGCAACGGCGGCAGCUGUGACGAAGGCUCUCAUUGAAGAGUAUCCCAAGACUGAUAAACCCAGAAAGCAAAUUGAUGAUAGCAGCAGAGCUGAGAGCGAGGAAAGUAUUGAAGUGGGCAGGGACGCGCCAGUAUUUUAUGCCGAUGUGUCAAAGUGCAAUAUUUUCACUGGAUUUCAUUCAAGUGGUGGAACGCAAGUUAUCAAUUUUGGAUGAAGGCGAAGGUCUAGGAAACAAUGGAAAGGGGGAAUGGGAGGCACGGUUGACGCACC